AUGGUUUUCAGUAAAAUUCACAAUUAUUCUCAACGCAAUAUUUGUUUGUUCCCAAUAAACUCAGAAAACAUCAAUAUCGGUCAGUCGAAAUCAAAUAUGCUGAAUAUAUUUUAUGAUCCGUUGGGAUUAGAAACAACUAAUUGUGAUGACAGUAGUUAUCCGGUAGUUGACAGUAAUGAAAAAAUGUCUAAUCCUUCACAUAAUUUUCAUCCAGCUGAUGGCAAACAUAAUCUACUUGAAUCCAAAGACAAUGCUUUAAAUGUUAUUAGCACAAAAAUGAAUGUUUGUAUGGAUGAUACAUUUUUAUUGGGAUUUUUAGACAGAACUUUGACUGGAACUGGUUCCAAAACUAAUGUCGAUUUCGCCGAACGAUGUGGUUUAAAUUCUCCAACAGCUUUUGUCGAAGAUAUGAUUAAAAAAGCACAGAAAACUUUAAAUCAUCAGUAUAAAUGCUAAUAGUUUUUUGAUUAACUUUCCAUUCCGUUUUUUCUGUAUUAAUCUCAAC